GUAUUUUGAAGAGCACAGUUAGUUGUCAAGGUCGAGUUGGCAAUGACGUUUGUUACAAGUUCAGGUAAUAUUGUUGAUAGGCAACCAUGGGGUAUACGUUACUUGAAACAAAUACUUCUCAAUCUUUUCAACAUCAUUUGUCUAUUUAUUCAAACACUCUUACCUUUAGACCUUUUUCGCCAGAAGACAUCUAAUCCAAGAAAUUCUUGGGAUGGAAGACCACCUCGACCACCUGGACGACGUUUUGGUGGAUUUGGAGGCUGUAGAGGUGCUCCAAAUGCUCCACCAAUGGCUGGUGGAGGAUGAGGUUAAACAGUCUUUGGAAUUAAUGGUAGUCAAUUACAAAUUCCAAAGACUGUGAAUCGAAUAAUUUGUUGUCGAACCUUUAGAUCCUAUUUGGGUAUAUGACGGUUGUCUGGAAAAUCUUGUCUGCAGAUCUAGACAAUUUGAUGACCAAAUUGGGAUUUGUAUGCUUAAAACAUUAGUUUCUUUGUAAAAAUCAACCUAAUUUUUACUUUUAAAAUAAACAUCGAUUUUUUAUUUUCCAGAAAACUUACGUACUUCGUGUUUGUUUUUACGACUGUUGAUUCAUUACUAGUGCAAAAUAAUUUCUGAUAUCAAAGAAACUAUUAAUUUCUCAACUAACGGAUAAAUGGCAGUUUACUAUUCAAAAUGUUUUAUUAUCCUGAAAUAGAGUCUCAUUUUGCAUUCAGUUGAUACACUUUGUUUGACUUAAGCUAGUGAAUAAAUAUACUUGUAUGUACCUCUAGUUUCUAGUUCCAAAUCGAUUUAAUAUCUGUCUCUGACUAGUAUAUUAGGUGUAAUUUUAGUUUAUCGAUUUUGGAGGUCGUUCGGAGGUUGAAGCAAUAGAUUUUGAAUCGGCAGGUCCUAUGUUCAACACACUUCACUUAAUUCCGUUUGGCUACCUGUGUGGUAUUUCUAACUCAUAUGAGUAGAUAAUACCUCUGAAGCUGUGCUUGGAUCCAUUCGAAAUAUUGGGGAAGUGUCGUUUCUUAUUUGGAAAUAUGGGAUGGCAUUUCAUAUAUCAAUGGUUAAGAUCAUGAGUCAGUUGAAGCUAGACCACCAUGGGAAACCUGGGAGCGCUGGACGGCCGUCUCGUUCUAUUGCAGUGUGCAUCCACAACCUCGCCCCCUGCGAGAUUCGAACCCAGGACCUACUGGUUUUGCGCGCGAGCACUUAACCACUACACCACUGAGCUGGCCGGCAGCCAACGGUGUUGAUGUCUAACUUCAACAUAUGCUCACUAGUGACCGUCUUCAAUGGGUAUAUCCUGAAGUUCUAAUGAGAAGUAGUGACAAACGGAGUUCAACCAGGUCUGUUGUGAGAUAGUAACUCACUGAAGACAAUGGUGGAUGUGUCGCUCAAUUUCGUAGUUAGUUGAAGUUAGAAAUUAACACCGUUGGAUACCGACUCAAUGGUCCAGUGGUUAAGAGCUCGCGCGCGUGGUUUAUAGGUCCUGGGUUCGAGUCCCGCGGGGCGGAGUGUGGAUGCGCACUGCUGAGGAGUCACGCAAUAGGACGAGACGGCCGUUCAGUGCUUCCAGGCUUUCCAUGGUGGUCUAGCUUAAUCUGAAUCACGAUCUUAACCAUUGAAAUUGCCAUAAUAUCCACAGAACCCAUCACACAGGCGUCUUUUAUGUAAAACAAUGUACCUCUGUCAGUUUGUAUACUUUCUAAAUUUCUUUGUGUUCAACAGUUACAGUGGUACACAGUUAAUUAGUUAUUCACCAAAAUUCUAUACAUUAGUCAUGAAAUUACCAAAUUCUCGUUCUUUUUACCACUUGUUUAUCAAAUACUUGCUGUAUGUUGCUACUUCCAGAUAAACUACUAUUAAGAAAUUCAGUAGACAGUAUGUUUUUAAUCAAAAACUAAGAAAUUAAGUGAUAUUGUGCAAGUAUUGUUUUAAUAAAUCACCAGUUACUGUUUCGAAAUUACCAAACAUUUUUCUUUCGGGACAUAGUGAUCAUAAGACGGUUGAGAAAAAUAGAAUAUGUUGAGCAGAACGCCGAAUAAAAGACUUAAGAAUGACACAGCAAGACAGGAGCAGCUUAUCUCUACAAAGCAAAAAUCGUUUCAAUAAACAAAGAUCAGGAAUAACUGGAUUGCUUCUCCUACUAUUAACCUACAUCAAGUAGGGUUUUAUCAAGUAGGAUGUAACCUAGUAAAGAGGUGAGAUGGAUUAGAAUAGGUUCAAUCUUUUAGCACUAUACGUUUCGUAAAUCGAUACGUAGGUUGGUAGUUAAUAUUAAAAUCAAUUGAGAUUUAUGAAUGGUUUGGGUUAGGUUAGCUUUAUCUCCAUAAAUUAUCAGAGAAUGAGUUUAAAUGUUCAAUCAUCUUUACGCUGUUUAAAUGAAAAUAAAAACGGCAAGUUUUUGAUAACUGAAAUCUCACUGUAGAUUUAUUGGGAGGGAAUUUCCUUUGUUCGCAAGUAUCACAAUACCCAGUAUAUUUGCCGCUAAAAAGUUGGAUUCUGUGGAUGUUUGAUAAUAAUUGUAUAUGAGAAUAUUUCCGCGCAUCUGGUGAUUUCCAUUUUCCUCAUUAAUUUUUUGAGCCGUUAUCACUCAUCCAAAAGUACACGAAUAUUGAUGUAAACUGUUAUUUCAUUUUGUUCAAUCUCGCUUUUGGAUUAUGCGAUAAUAAAGGAAGGUGACAGAACUGCCAAUUCAUUUAAAAGGUAAUAUUGUUUAUAAAUUAUUGAUUUAUAUACUUGGCCACUAGCCACGAAACUACAUGAAUCUAAUCUAAUAUUCUAUAAAUAAUUAUGUGUUGUUAUUAGUUUGAAAACCCGUUAAAAAUUCUCAAAAAUUAUAUUACAUUUGUAAUCUUAUAAGUAACUUAAGUUAUUUUCUUAUGUAACCCACAGUUUGUAUGAGCAACAUUAUUUAUAUCACUUAUUUGCAAAGCGAUUCGACACUAUAGUGGGAUCGGACAUAAGACAACCACUCCAAUCACUAAACAAUCCACAUUAUGUUAUCAGUUUUAUCCCGUACCAAGAUUAUUUUAAUGCUAAAUUGGAUUGUAAGUUAUUUUCUCUUUUUCGAAAACAUUGAAUACUUUCUGAAUCGUUAUCACAGUUUAAAUUAAUAAUCAAAAAUUUGUUGAAAUAACUGAUUACAAAUGAAUAUAAUUAUUUGUUGUUUUCAUUAGAAUACUUUAUUAAAAAUUUAGGAGCCCAAUUUUUUAAAAUCAGUUUUACCAUUUUGAUUGUUCAUGAUACAAACUCUCGUAGAACGCGUUGUAAUCUGGAUCAGAAAAUAGUUUCAACUAUAUAUUACUUGAGAUAUAGCUUGCAUAUCAAACCUAUCAUCAAAGUUAUAACCUAAUAUUCACUACACAAUCUGAGCAUGUUAACCUACUACUGAACACACUGCGAUUAUUCUUUAACACCAUGUUUUGAACAAUCUUGACCAAGACUUCAACCAUUACGAAGACAGAAGCAGUCUACAACUGUGAUAUAUAUACAGAUUGAAUUCACAGUAAUUAUCUGGUAGAUUUAAAUAAUCAGAAUUCAGUUGUUGUCAUAUUGGAUCAUUCUCAUACUGAAUGAAUAUAAAUAACAGAAAUUGUCAGAACACAGUCGACUUUUACAACGAAAGAUUAUCAUAUUCAACUGAUCAAUAAUAUUACGCUUUAAUGAGAAUCGUGAAUCAAGCGGAAAUAUUGCCAUAUUCAUUGUGUUCCUGUAAUGGAUGUUCAUCGAAACAGGUGUAAUUGUUCAUAACUUCGUCUCGAUUUAUUUCGACUUCCGAAUAUAUGGCACUAUGAUAGAAAUUUCCUGUCUCUGAAUCCAUUUCGUCUUUAGAUGCAAUGUUAUUUGACACAGUGUUAUACCUCUGAUUUCUCUUGCUCCGAGUCCUAACAUUAGACUGCCUAUUCGUUUUAUUUGAUGACAGGCUGUUUCCACGUGUGCGAUUCACUUCACAGUAAUUAUCUGGUAGAUUUAAAUAAUCAGACUUCAGUUGUUGUCAUAUUGAACCAUUCUCAUACUGAAUGAAUAUAAAUAACAGAAAUUGUCAGAACACAGUCGACUUUUACAACGAAAGAUUAUCAUAUUCAACUGAUCAAUAAUAUUACGCUUUAAUGAGAAUCGUGAAUCAAGCGGAAAUAUUGCCAUAUUCAUUGUGUUCCUGUAAUGGAUGUUCAUCGAAA